AUGGAGACAACAACUCAAUUCACCACAAUUUGGAAUGACAAUAUUGCGUACGCCUUCGGACUCUAUCGCCUCAUCACUCAGAGCUUAGGAAUUUGGCCAUUCACGUGUCAUAAGUUUAUAUCGAAAUGUCAAGUUUUGAUUGUCUGUGUACUCCAGCUGACUAUGAUGAUCAGCAUAAUUGGGGAAAUGCAUCUCCAAUGUGGUGAAGUCAGUGACAAAAUUCAGAACAUAUCGCUCUGUUCUUGCGCUUUCAUGACUAUCGUAAAAGUCACCAUCAUUCGGGCGCAUAAUCCUCGAAUGCACGAAAUUAUGAUGUCUGCUAUGCAGGAUUGGUUAUGCGUGAAGACAGCAGAUGACAACAAGAAAAUGCGGAGUUGUGCUAAAUUGGGAAGAUCCAUUUGUCUUUUUCAGAUGAUUGGUGCUUAUGUCACGGCAAUACCAAUCAUUUUGAGCGGCUUUGCCGGACAUAGUGCCGUCAAUACAACGAACUCGACGGAUUCAGACAUUAAGAUUCUCCCGCUGGGCACAGUCUGCCUUUUUCAGCAAAUGUCUAGUAGUUUUUACACUUCGGUAUACAUUAUUCAAUGUAUCCAAUUACUGAUUACGUGCACCGGCAAUGUUGGAUGCGAUUGCUAUUUUUUUGGAGUGACGAUGCACUUGAGCGGACAGAUUGAGAAAUUGACGGACGAUAUGGAGAGAUUUGGAAAGGAGAAAGAAGACACCGAUUGUCAUGAAAAGUUGGUGGCUCUGGUGAAACGGCAGAAUCAUUUGCUGGAAUUGGCUGAGAAUUUGGAGACGACGUUCAACAUAGUCAUUUUGGUGGAGUUGUCUGCGCUCACUUAUGAGAUUUGCUUGAUUGCUCUGCAAAUGGUCGUCAACCUCAGGAUGGGGAAUAGCGUUGUCAUCAUCAACAACAUCAUCAUGCUGCAGAUCCUGUAUCUGCAAUUAUUUCUGUACAGUUAUGCCGGUGAACGUCUAUCCUCAGGGCUUGAAAACUUGGGAUCAGCUAUAUACAGCUCUGAAUGGUGUGAUUCACCAUCUAAGGUCACUAAAGAUCUAAUAUUUGUCAUGAUGCGAUGUCGUAAGUCAUUUGCACUAACAGCAGGAAAAGUUUGUGUCAUGAAUCUCGAGAGCUUCACAAAUAUUAUCAAAGCUGUAGGAUCAUACUUUUCUGUUCUUCUGGCAAUGUUCGAUAAGUAA